AGCAGUUGGAAGAGUGUCUUUGGAGAACAUUUGAGAGCUCAUCCACGGGUUGAAAAGAAGGUCUUGUUGGUACCUGCAUCUCAGAGCCUCUUGAAAGAACAUGGCUGGCCUUCAGGACAACACUCUGAGGAUUGUUCUGGUGGGGAAAACCGGAAGUGGAAAAAGUGCAACAGGAAACACCAUUCUUGGGGAAAGAAAAUUUGAAUCUAAAGUUGCUCCUCACGCUGUUACCACGGCAUGUCAGAGUGCAAGUCGACACUGGAAGGGGAGGACCCUUCUUGUCGUGGACACCCCAGGGCUCUUUGACACCAAGGAGACAUUGAAGACCACCUGUGAGGAAAUCAGCCAGUGUGUCUUCCUCUCCCGUCCUGGGCCUCACGCCAUCAUCCUGGUUCUACAGCUGGGCCGCUACACGGAGGAGGAGCAGAAAACAGUUGCGUUGAUCAAGGUCAUCUUUGGGGAGUCAGCCAUGAAGCACAUGAUCGUCUUGUUCACUCGCAAAGAUGAUUUGGGUGAUCAGACACUGUCUGGGUUUAUAGAAGCUUCAGACGUAAACCUGAAAAACAUCAUCAAGGAGUGUGAGAACCGCUGCUGUGCCUUCAAUAACCAAAGUGUAGAUGAGGCUGAGAAGGAAGCUCAACUGCAAGAGCUGGUGAAGAUGAUAGAGGACACGGUGAGGAAGAACAGAGGGCUUCACUUUUCUGAAGCCAUCUACAAGGACAUAGACAAAAAGCUGAAAAACAAGGCAGAAGCCUUGAAGAAAAUCUAUGCUGAGCAAUUGAAGAAGGAAACUAAACUAGUUGAAGAGCAAUUUGCUCAGGGAAAAAUACCAGAGCAAAAAAUGGAGAAGAAAAAAAAUUCCUUAUUGGAGAAGUAUAAUGAACGUAUUAAAAAUAUUGAGAAAGAAGCUGAAAGGAAUAUAUUUCAAGAUGUUGUAAAUAUGGUUUGGAAUACACUUUCAAAAAUAUGGAAUAUGUUUUGGAAAUGAUGUAAAUUUUAUUUUUGUCUCUUAAUUUACUAUGAUUUGUUAAUGUGGUGAAAUCUAUUUUCCAAAGAUGACUAGAACAAUCUAUUCUAUCCCACCCAUUCUCCUUGUAAUCUGAGUUUAUUUUUCCUUCUGUUGAAUGAUAGCAUUUUUCCCCUACCGUGAAAUUCAAUGAACUUUGCAAUUGCUUUGACAACUAGUGAGAUAGGGAAAAUGCCUCUUUGCUCCCUAGGGUUUGUGGGCUUGGCAUUUCGCCACCAUGUGGUGAGGAAGCCAUGCGAAGAAGACUUGAAGUCACUGGCUCACUCCCCUGGCUGGUCUUUCAUCUACAGCAGAAACACUUGCCAGCCAUGCAAAUGAGGCAACAUGGAAGCAGA